GGAAGCCUCUAGCUUUGUGUGAGUGUGAGACUCGCCCCGCCCACACUCCCCGCUCGUUUCUCCUCCCCUUUCUUUACCGCUCCCCCCCCCCCGUCCAUUUGCGUGCGCGCGCGGCUGAGCUCUCGCGCCCGUUCCUCCGCCUCGCACCACACGGGGAUGUUGGCGGCGACCUCGAGCGGCGGUUCCUGGGUCACUUAGAAGGAGGAGGCGGGAGGCCGCCGCCGCCGUUCUCCCACUUCUGAAGCGCGCUGAGGGAACUGGGCGGGCUCUGCCCCUCCUCCCGCUCCCCCCUCCUUCACCCGCCCGCGAGGCGGAGAGGCAGCGAGGAGCCCGCGGAGCAACAUGGCGGAACACUCAGCCCCCGACCACAAGCACAAGCCCGGAGCCUCCGCCGCCUCCAACUCCGCCGCGGGCAGCUCGCAAGCGCUGGCCAACAGCAGGGGCUCCUCGGCGGCGGCGGGUGGCGGGGCUCCGGCGGGCGGGGGCGGCCUGUCUGGGGGCCUGUCGCAGCCGGCGGGCUGGCAGUCGCUGCUUUCCUUCACCAUCCUCUUCCUGGCCUGGCUGGCCGGCUUCAGCUCCAGGCUCUUCGCCGUCAUCCGCUUUGAGAGCAUCAUACAUGAGUUCGACCCCUGGUUUAACUACAGAUCAACACAUCAUCUUGCAUCACAUGGAUUUUAUGAAUUCUUAAACUGGUUUGAUGAAAGAGCAUGGUACCCAUUAGGAAGAAUAGUAGGUGGGACUGUAUAUCCAGGGCUGAUGGUGACAGCAGGCCUUAUACAUUGGAUUUUAAAUAUGCUUAACAUAACUGUCCACAUAAGAGAUGUAUGUGUAUUUCUAGCACCAGUUUUUAGCGGCCUUACAUCAAUUUCUACUUUCCUGCUUACAAGAGAACUGUGGAACCAGGGAGCAGGGCUUUUAGCUGCCUGUUUUAUUGCUAUAGUUCCUGGUUACAUAUCACGAUCAGUGGCAGGAUCUUUUGACAAUGAAGGGAUAGCUAUUUUUGCACUGCAGUUCACAUAUUAUUUGUGGGUGAAGUCUGUGAAAACUGGGUCAGUCUUCUGGACAAUAUGCUGCUGCCUAUCCUACUUCUACAUGGUCUCUGCAUGGGGUGGUUAUGUUUUCAUCAUCAAUCUUAUUCCACUGCAUGUAUUUGUGCUACUGUUGAUGCAAAGAUUCAGCAGGAGGGUCUACAUAGCAUAUAGCACUUUCUAUAUUGUGGGCUUAAUAUUAUCCAUGCAGAUACCUUUUGUUGGAUUUCAGCCAAUUAGAACAAGUGAGCACAUGGCAGCUGCAGGUGUGUUUGCACUACUGCAAGCCUAUGCCUUCUUGCAGUACAUGAGAGACAGGCUAACAAAGCAAGAAUUCCAGACCUUAUUCUUCUUGGGUGUGUCACUAGCUGCUGGGGUUGUAUUCCUGAGUGUCAUCUAUUUAACAUAUACAGGCUAUAUUGCACCAUGGAGUGGCAGAUUCUAUUCACUGUGGGAUACUGGGUAUGCGAAAAUUCACAUCCCGAUCAUUGCUUCUGUGUCUGAGCAUCAACCUACAACAUGGGUUUCCUUCUUUUUUGAUCUACAUAUUCUCGUGUGUACUUUCCCAGCAGGGCUGUGGUUCUGUAUCAAAAACAUCAAUGAUGAAAGGGUCUUCGUGGCUCUUUAUGCAAUCAGUGCUGUUUACUUUGCUGGAGUGAUGGUUCGUCUGAUGCUCACUUUGACUCCAGUGGUCUGCAUGCUGUCGGCAAUUGCCUUCUCUAAUGUUUUUGAGCAUUAUUUGGGUGAUGAUAUGAAAAGAGAGAAUCCACCAGUAGAAGACAGCAGUGACGAAGAUGAUAAAAGAAACCCAGGAAAUCUCUACGAUAAGGCAGGUAAAGUGAGGAAACACAUAUCCGAACAGGAAAAAACUGAAGAAGGUCUUGGUCCCAAUAUCAAGAGCAUUGUGACGAUGUUGAUGUUAAUGCUGCUGAUGAUGUUUGCUGUCCACUGCACGUGGGUUACUAGCAAUGCCUACUCCAGUCCUAGUGUUGUUCUGGCCUCUUACAAUCAUGAUGGCACUAGGAACAUCUUGGAUGACUUCAGAGAAGCAUACUACUGGCUAAGGCAAAACACAGACGAACAUGCCAGAGUAAUGUCUUGGUGGGAUUAUGGAUAUCAAAUAGCAGGAAUGGCAAAUCGCACUACCCUAGUUGACAAUAAUACUUGGAAUAACAGCCACAUAGCCUUGGUAGGAAAAGCUAUGUCUUCCAAUGAGACAGCGGCUUAUGAGAUCAUGAGAAGUCUGGAUGUGGAUUAUGUGUUAAUAAUUUUUGGAGGUGUAAUUGGCUAUUCUGGUGAUGAUAUCAACAAGUUCUUGUGGAUGGUGAGGAUAGCUGAAGGUGAACAUCCUAAAGAUAUCAGAGAAAGCGACUACUUUACUCCCCAGGGAGAAUUUCGGGUGGACAAAGCAGGCUCUCCAACCUUGUUAAAUUGUCUCAUGUAUAAAAUGUCAUAUUAUAGAUUUGGAGAAAUGCAGCUGGAUUUUCGGACACCCCCAGGAUUUGACCGCACACGUAAUGCUGAGAUUGGCAACAAGGACAUUAAGUUUAAACAUUUGGAAGAAGCCUUUACAUCAGAGCACUGGCUUGUUAGAAUAUACAAAGUAAAACACCUAGACAACAGAGAGACACUGGACCAUAAGCCUAGACUAACCAACAUUUUACCAAAACAGAAGUAUUUGUCAAAAAAGACUGCCAAAAGGAAGCGUGGCUACAUUAAGAAUAAACUAAUUUUAAAGAAAGGCAAGAGACCCAACAGGAAGACAGUUUAAAUACACUGAUUGCUAAUAUGAAGCAGUUGUCCUUGAGAUAACCAGUCUUUGCCUUUAGCUCAAGUCAUGUUUCACAGCAACAUGAGGGUACAGAACCAUCAUUGGUCCAGAUUAUUGUACAAAACUUUCAGGCAAUGUCUGACUUAAAAAAAUUUUGGCUUAUUGAGAACAGCUGUUCUAGAUUUGUAUUGUGGAGCAAGAGAGAGCUGCUACCCAGGUCUAGCAGCAGAUUUUUUUUUUUUGGUACAUAUUAUCCUUCCAAUCUAUUGAGAAUUUGGACUGAUUGCACCAAAGAGCCCUCUAAUUCGGUCCUUGGCACAUGCAUACUUGUCAGUUUUUUAAGUUCAGCUGAACAGCAAUAUCUUAACUGGAAUGGUAAUGUAUAAACUGACUAUUCUCAGUCUUGACACUCUCAAAAAUGGAUAUUUUUAUAUUCAGCUAUUAGAACAACUCCUUUUUGAGGUAUUUAUUUUACAAGAUUUUCUUCUAUAUACUCUUCUCUUGCUGUAUGUUGUGUUCAGGACUGUGAACCAAGUUGCGAGUUUCAUUAAUCACGAGAUGGGAUAAUACAAUUGGACGGUGCAACGUGUUUUGAAAAGAGGGGGUCUGAGUGCCCCUUAUGCAGGUGGUGUUCCUGAGACGUACAGGGGUCCAAUCUUGUGCAGAAUAGAUAGAUACAAGGGCUACGUUUGUAUCUUAAAUCUGCUACUGAGCACCACAGAACCUGGUGUUUUCAGAACUUGUUUAGCUGCAAAUUUACAAGUCAUAACAAUUAAGGAAAAAAAAUUGACAAGUAUCCAGACUCCCUUGCUGUGGCUAUCAGAAAGGCAGAGGGUUUAUAAACCUAGCCUACCCUUUUCUUGGGGUUAGCUUCCUGGAAAUGACUAGUUUAUCUUCAUGUUUUUAUUUAGUGCUUUAGUUAUGAACCUUCUGCUUGAAUAUUUGCUUUUGUCUUUUAUACUUUAUGAACGAGACAAUAUCAAGUGCACUAAAUACAAAUGGAGAUUGAACAUGUUCACUUUCCAGCUAUAGGAAACUUUAUGAGCUUGAAUGUUCAGUUAUUUUAAUAAAGUUUUUAAAAAAGAGAAAAAGUUGUGGGUUUCCCUUGACAGCCACAGGAUAUAAUUUUGAUAUAGGAUACGGCUUAUACCAGAUGUAUUGGUGUAAAGCAGAAUAGUAUGUACCUUCCAAACACAAUUAUCUAUUGCUCGGUGAGAAUGUUACUGCUGAUUUUUCUCAGAUGUAUAAUUUUUAUUUGUAAAUUCAUUUUUGAGUAAAGAGGUUAUUAGAUCAACAAUGCAGUGGCAACAUUUUCACAAAAUAAGUCUGGAUUUCUGACCCUUUGUCAUUGAGAUUAUUUUACUUUGUUGCUUUAAAACUCAAUUGCAGACCCGUUGUUGACUAUAGGGAAAAAUAAAGUUAAAUCAAGUUUUGUGUUAA